AUGCGUGUCCCAUUAGAGAUCCUGCGCUUUAUCCUGCAGGAGAUGGUCGCUGUCUCGCCCGUCGAAGACCUGGUCAGAGCGAGACUAGUAGAUCCUAUAUUCGCGAGUGAAAUUAUGCCACUUUUACUGGAUAGCCCUUGCGUCGCGAACAGCGAUUUCAUCUACGACCACUGGUCACGGUUCCCCUACACACACCACUUCCUCAGACAGAGAAUCGGCCAGCACCACCAACACCCCUGUCUCUUUUCAACAUUCAUCCAUGAGAUCCUGCAAAUGCCAUCUAUCUCCCAUAUAGCGAAAGAAGAAAAAGAUGAAUUAAUCACUGGCCUAAUCGAUGUCAUCACCUGGUCCCGCCACCAACCACACAACCUCUUCAGUCCCCGGCGUCUCAACGAGGGGCCAUAUACACGCAGAAGGGAGACGAUCGAAACAGACCUCCACAUAGCACUAACAGCCCUCUCAAUUAUUCGCAACGAUAUAGCCGAGAUCAACCGCGUGCUCGACCAAGUCAGCACCCCAGGCGGGCCCAACUUUGUAUGCCAAUACAGCUUCCGCUUCGGCAUACUCCCCAUCGAAAUCGCCGUAAAUGCGCGCAACCGUCCCAUGCUGUUUCCUGACUGGUACACCAACCCUCGGAGACCGUUUGUUCUUGCGGCUCGCUAUGCAAAUAAAGGCUUCUUCGAGGCUUGGUUCGAGGGAGAGAAGAAUUCGAGCAGACCGUGGACUGCCCAGGGUUGCCUUGAUGCGGCGCUGUGCAGCGCCAUUAAGGCGCGUAAUCUGGAUAUGCUUGAGUAUCUAGGAACAGUUGGUAUAGAUCAAAUCGCAUUUGCUGACAUUCUCGGCGAGGCGAUCAAGACUGGGGAGGAGGAGCUUGUUCGGUGGUGUUUGCGACAUGAGGACUUCCACGUACACGGUUCGGGGCGAUACAAGGGGCCGCUAUGGAUUGCGUUACAUGAUUGCCCGAGGGCGACGAGGUUGGUUAUUUUAAAAAUGCUCCUUGAACGUGGAUUUGAUCCGAAUGAUGCUUUUUCUGAGAACCGGGAGAGUCUACUUCAGUGUGCGGUUCGGACUCAGGGUGUUGAGUAUGUAAAGCUGCUUGUGCAGUAUGGGGCUUAUAUGGACGUGGACUCUUCAACAUCAGCCUGGGUCGAGAAGCAGAGAUCGCCGUUGUCCUUGGCGGCGUUUAAAGAUUCUGAUACUAUGCAGUUUCUGCUACAGAAAGGGGCCAUUAGGAGGUGGACAUGGAGGGGGAAGGAGUAUGUCGUAGAACAUGACGUCCAGACCGUUCGUCACAUAGAGGAUGUCUUUAAAGACUUGGGUUUUGGCGAGCCGGAUGUACAGGAGAAGCACACUGAGUAUUAUAUCAUGGUGAAUGGAUGA